GCGGAAAUUUCUUUCUAUUUCUCUCCCUUGGGCAUCCUUUAUUGGUUCUCUUAGCCUCGACAAGCCUCGAUAUGUGGUCCAUGAUUUCCAUCCUGGAGGCGCUUCUCUGCUCCUACAUCAUCUAUGCUAUUGGAGUUGCAGUCCACCGUCUUUACUUCAGUCAAUAUGCCAAAUUCCCAGGUCCCAAACUUGCUGCUCUCACAUAUGGAUACAUGUUUUACUAUGACGUAAUUGUCGGUGAAGGACAAUACAUGUACAAAAUCAAAGAUCUACACGAAGAAUACGGUGAGUUAGUUCCCCUCCUCCACUUCCAAAGCAAGGUUCUUUUGUUUGCCACUUUUAUCCACUGACAAGGAUACCAGACAGUCCAAUCAUACGGAUCAGUCCCCAUGAACUCCACAUCAUCGACCCAGAUUUCUACGAGGUGCUAUUCACUGGAGCUAACUCCAAACGAGACAAACCUCCGACCUGGUCCCACGCAUUCUCCAAUGUUGAUUCUGUAUUCGGGACCAUCUCGCACGAGAAGCACCGUGUGCGGCGAAAUGCUAUUGCGCCGUUCUUCUCGGCCAGUUCUAUGCGCAAGCUAGAGCCCUUGAUUCAAGAGAAUAUCAAUAAAUUGAUUACGGUGUUCCGUCGAUACCAGAGCACAAAAGAGCCGAUCCCACUGAGACCGGCCUUUGGAGCUUUGACAAGCGAUAUCAUUGCCGAGUACUGUUUUGGAGUCAGUGAGAAUUACAUUGAAGCGCCUGGCUUCAAUGUGAUGGUUCUGGAGACAACAGAUGUGCUGACUGAUACUAUGCAUGUCACCGUUCAACUUCAAUGGCUUCCAAGAUUCUUGAACUCCUUACCCGAUGGAAUCGUGGUGGGCAUGUUUGGUCCUGGAAUGGCCAAAGUCUUGGAGCUGAAGCGACAUUGCAUCCAGAAAAUAAAAGAAACCGUCAAGUCAAGAGGUGAUUAUAGAGAUGUGAAGCACCGCACUAUUUUUCACGACUUACUGGAUAGUCCCACUCUUCCAGAGCAAGAUAAAUCGGAAGACCGUUUAUGGCAAGAAGCCCAAUUAUUUCUUGCGGCUGGAACCGUGACGACUGCUACUUCUAUUGCAUCUGCUCUGGUGUACCUCUUGCUGGAUAAGCCCAGACUUCAAGUCUUGCUUGAGGAGUUGGAGAAUGCUAUGCCAAAUAUUGCGAUCCCGCCAAGGCAGGCACAAUUGGAGAGACUUCCAUACUUGCAUGCUGUUGUACAAGAAACUUUACGUCUUGUGUCUGGUGUCUCAUACCGAUUGACCCGUUCAAGUCCUACCGAAACCCUACGUCUUGGAGAUUGGAGCAUUCCACCAAAUACUGCGUUGAGUAUGCAUGGGCCAUUAAUCCACCACUCUGAGAACGUCUACCCAGAGCCAUGGUCCUUCAUCCCAGAACGCUGGCUCGCAUCACCAACCCCACCCGGUCUGCCAGAGAGACCAGUAGGAAUCCCACGAGCAAGUCAGAAGUACUUAGUACCGUUCUCGAAAGGAUCUCGCAACUGUGUUGGCCAGCCCAUGGCAUAUUCAGAACUAUUUAUGACGCUUGCCAAUGUACUUAGAACGUUCGUCCGACUGGAACGAGAUCAGGAUGGGAAUGUGACUGGAGUGCGGGGUAUGGAGCUCUUUGAGACUGAUCGAAGAGAUACGGAUAUGCAGCGAGAUUUUGGAUUUCCUUCGCCUGAGAAAGGACGGGGAAAUAUGCGGAUUGUGCUGGAGUAGUUGGUACAUGUGACACAAAUAUGCAGCUUCGUUUUUCCAGAACGUACGAUGAUGCCCGACAAGGAAAGAAAUUGU